AUGGGCGCCAGGAGCAAUGCGCUCUCGCCUGGGCUGGAUCAUGUAUGGCAACGGCGCUGCCGCCUACUUCCUCGAUCGAUAACAGCAGCGCCGAGCUAUCGACAUCAGCUCCUCCAGGUGAGGGUAACAGCGAUCGCCUUAAGAAAUCGGCCCUUAGGUCGGGGCCGAGCCCGAUCGCGCAGUAGCUUUCCAGCGCGCGAAAUCCCUGAAAUAUGGCAUUACUGCGCUCCGAUCAACCUUCCGUCCCGGGACAUCGAUCGCCAUGGCGAGAAUGACGCGGCGAGGGGCUGGAAGGCAUCGUGGAAGAACGGGGUCAGAGUUACGAGGCCGACGAAGAGAAUGGGAAUGGGGAUCCAUAUCUCGGGAUUGGCACAAAGCCGGCAGCUCCACCGCUGCCCUUGCUCAUGGAUUCCGGGCACUUUAGGGAGAUCUCCGAGGCCGAGUUUCCAAGCUCUUUCGAUUGCUCCUGGUCAUUGGAAUCCUCUCCGUGGCUGCUGGGCUCGUUUACUACUUGGUCCUCUUGGAUUUCCAGCUCUACCACCAUCCUCGCCCGGCCGUCCAGUUCAUGGAGAUGAUGUAUGGACAGGUGAUCCCAGUGGAUCCAGAGCUUGUGGAGCAGCAGCAGCUAGAAGGGAAAGGAAACCACUACGCUUACACGCUGAGGUUCGUCAUGUUUUGCAUCCUCAACACCACCAAUCCAAGCAAGAGCGUGGAUUUCUACCAUGCGGAUCUCGAGAUACCGAGGUGAGGUCUGCCUACUGGCUAUGCGAUUGUGGAGGACGUUUUUCACCCGCGGUCUUCUUGGAUUCAGCCCGAGUUUUUCAUAGGUUCUAUGGGUGUGCCUUUGCCUCUGUGGGAGAUCCGGAUCCGGAGAUCCACAACUACGACUUUAAGAUGCAGGUGGAGGUGAUCACACAUUCGACCAUAGUUCGAACGGCUGGGUUGAAAUCUCAGCGCUUUCGUAUCUAUCAAAUGCCGACAGAGAUGCGGAGCUCAAGCUAGACUGAAAGUCUGGAUUCGAGGAGCCGUACAAACAUUUCAGAG